AUGCUCCGAAUAGGCCUUUCGGGACCCCGCGCUGGGCUCUUUUCUGCGCUGCGCGCCAAUUCUUCUUCUUCUUCGCCAAUUUUCCGCCGUCUCAAUUCAUCUCAGAGCUCUGGAGGUGCGUUUCUUUCCUGGAACGAUUUCCUGGCCAAGAGACUGCAACGACGCCGAGUUAACCUGGCCGCCUCUGUGGUGACUGGGUUUUUCGGCAUGACGGCAGGCUGGGCCGUACUUGCCAACAUUGAAAUCAAUCCUGCUGAGCCAAUUUUCGGAUUUGAUGCCAUGAUUGUACUCCCCCUGGGGCUGCUGCUGUGCGCAGGCGCCGGCUCGCUGCUGGGGCCCAGCGUUGGAUCGUUUUUGUUCAAAGCUUCCCUCGGAAAGUCUUUCCCUGAAUUUGCACACAAAAAUGCUCAAUUCUUGAGACACGUCCAGCGCAACAGACCUGAUCCUUCCAAGCAAACUUAUGCAAACCCCGUCCCUGACUAUUACGGUGAGAAAAUCGGAUCUCUCAAGGAUUACCGGCGGUGGCUGCGCGACUGUCGCGCAUACCGCAGAAAGGUUGAAACCUUUUUGUAA